AUGGCCACAAGCCAAUAUCGGCAGCGUGUCCCGACUUCUGCUGGCUAUUCACAACCCGAAGAUCUUCACUACGACAGCCACAGUAGCGCAGAUACUCGUGGCUAUUACCCCAAUCAAUCUUACUAUUCCUCGCAUGUCAACGAUGCCCUGGGAUAUCACUCUCAAGAGGAGCAAGGCGCUAUCGCAGCUACCUCUGCCUAUGACACACAAACCACGAGCCUCCCUUAUCAUAUUCGCAACCAAUCUGCCGCUCAUGAUCAGUACGAUGGUCCACCCAUCAUUCCUGCUCGAACAACCUCUCAGCACCAAGGUUCCCCUCAUGUUCCAGUACCUCCAUCGACGGCUCCAUUGGAAGCUAGAGUGGCGGCGACACGGCACGCCAGACAAAAUGCGCCAGAAUCGCAGGCUGGUCGGGUUCAAAAUCGCGUCGGAGAUUACCAGGAAGAAACACGAGAUAGGCCGCGGGACGAUACAGCUACAGCUGCCGCAUCUGCUGCGCGUAGCCGGAGAAAGGGUCCUGCAAGUCCCGAAGGUCCACACCGCGCUGCCAGCACGAGAGAACGAGGUGGACACACCGCGCCUACUCAGAGCCGAUCUGAGACAACCAUGCUGCCCUCUAAGCACCCCGCCUCACUGGCGCGAGAGUACAGCGAUGUCAUCAACAGAGUUGUCGUAUCUGACCCUCAAGAAGAUAUCGAGAGAGCCCAGGAGAGAAUCGCUGAGUCUCAGCCUGCGCCGAUAGGCUCUGAUCCCCACAAUGUCCCAGAACUCAAUGACGAUCUGCUUCCUCCGCCAGGUCCGGCGCGUCGCCAGGACUACUCCAAGUCAUCCCGAAGAAAGGAUGUUCAAUUCGGUGAUUAUGUGCUUGGACAGACCCUCGGUGAAGGUGAAUUCGGCAAGGUCAAGCUGGGUUGGAAGAAGGAUGGUAGUUCGCAGGUGGCUAUCAAGCUCAUUAGAAGAGAAACCGUGGCAUCGAACCCUACCAGACUGCCCAAAAUCUAUCGCGAAAUCUCGAUCCUGCGAGACCUAGCGCAUCCCAACAUUGUUCGACUGCAUGAGAUGGUCGAGACCGACCGACACAUUGGCAUCAUCCUGGAAUACGCCUCUGGUGGAGAACUGUUCGACUACAUUCUCAACCACCGCUAUCUCAAAGACCCUGCUGCAAGAAGAUUGUUCGCCCAGCUUGUCUCGGGUGUCGGCUACUUGCACAAGAAAGGCAUUGUCCACCGAGAUUUGAAACUGGAAAACCUUCUUCUGGAUCAGAAUCGGAACAUCAUUAUUACUGAUUUUGGGUUCGCCAACACCUUCGAUCCUAAGGACGAGCUGUCGGAUGAGAUCGAGUACAACCUGACCAACAAAGAGUUUGUCCGAAAGUUCAAGCUUGACCGACUUGAUGCGCGUGGCAUUAGAAGAGGGGAUUUGAUGCAGACCAGCUGCGGGAGCCCAUGCUACGCUGCUCCUGAAUUGGUAGUUAGUGACUCCCUCUACACGGGCAGAAAGGUCGACGUCUGGAGUUGCGGAGUCAUUCUGUACGCCAUGUUAGCUGGAUACCUGCCUUUCGAUGACGAUCCAGCGAAUCCGGAAGGGGAUAACAUAAAUCUGCUGUACAAGUACAUCACCACCACGCCCUUGACAUUCCCAGAAUAUGUCACUCCUCAUGCACGAGAUCUGCUUCGCCGCAUCCUGGUGCCAGAUCCACGCAAGCGUGCCGAUUUGUUCGAGGUCGCCCGUCACAGCUGGCUCAGCGAAUAUCACCAUGUGGUAUCUCAUAUUACUAGCAGUACUACGAAUGUCGCUGAGAUUGCCAACACUACGGUUCUUGCUGAUGAUGAAGACCGACCGACUGUCAACAGAAGCGCAUCAGUUCGUGAGGUGCCCACAAAACCUGGCCGCCUUUCUCCCGGCGCUCUUGCACACGCGCCAGAAGGCCUACACCAUGAAACUGACGAGGAUUCCAACGGUUCGCGACGGACCCGUCAUACACUUCAACCUGAAUACGUGCCCCCACAGACACAUACAACUCGUGGACAAACGGCAGCCGGAUUGGAGCCGACAAUCAGCCGCAGCCAGGAAGCUCCCCAGGUUGUUGCAUCUGCGCAACAGAGCUCCUUGUCCAAACCGUUACCGCAGGAUCCUCCACUCGGAACCCGAGAGCGCGCAUCCACCCAGCAGAAGAUGCAGCCUCCUGUUCGCCCCGCUCGAGAUAUCCCUAGGUCAGUGUCGGACUCUACCAGCGCAUUUGGCCAGGCUCCCAUGACGAUAAGCCACGGUGGUCAAUACGUGACUAGGCCAAGCACUCAGGGCUCAUUGACAUCGGCCACUGGCCCCACCAACACUCGGUCUGAUCUUCGCCUCCCUAGUCGGGGUUCGUAUGGUCAGCCAGUUGCUCCUACGGUUGCUGCCACCAACGUCCAGGGCCGUGUUACGCAGCCGACCAAGACUUCUCGAGGCUACAACAUAUCCGGUCCCAUCCCACAGUCAGGUGCUCAGAACUCGAUUGGCCAACCGAUGACGACACCCAUGCCACCACCGGUCGAGUCCCAACAGCCACCAAAGGCUGCACACCAUCGGCGAUCGAGCACGUUGAGUGGUCUCGGGGAGCGCUUGUUUGGUCGAUCCAACUCGGUCGUCAAGAAAGACCCAGAGCGACAAAAGAAUGGACGAAAAUAUCCGCCAACCAGCAUGAAAGAGUGGCCUUCAGAUGCGCAACCCCGGCUGUCGACGGAGUCCAAGCGAUCUUUCUCGUUCGGACUAGGCAGGAAGAGGAGCACGGACAUGGAAAACCAGACGGAGAAGCCGGUACGACGAUUUUCAUUGAUUCCUAACUCCAUGUCACUCAAGGGUCUCAUGGGAGGCGGGAGGGAGGAAUAUUCUUCCAAGCCAGGAACUCCUCAGGCUGAUCAAUUUGCUCAGCAGACGUUGAAUCGACCGCCCGUUGGACAAGAACACGUGGACUUGCAAGUGUCCAACACCGACGGUCAGUAUGAUGGAUCGCGGCCCAUGAAGUACAACAACUUCUCUCGACCUCCGCAGGCACAACACUACCCGGCAACAGAACCUGUUGGAUCUCCAGUGUCUAGUGAUGUGUAUGGUGGGACUGCCGUCUACAACCCGCAAGGACAGAAUGCACAUUCGCGCCAACGAAGUGAGCCUAUGGCACAAAUGAUGGCGUAUCCAGAAGUCGCCCAGCCAGCCGGCAGACCGUCCAUGCAACAAGGUCGUCAGGGUCGAGGGGUGCUGGUCAAAAACAACCGCAAGUUUACGGAAGCAUACGAUCAAGAGCAAGGGCCUACGCACCACAGCGGCAGGUCGGGAGCGGUCAAGAAGGUGCAGGAUUUCUUCCGCCGCCGCCGUGCUCCUACCGAUGGUGAUUAUCGUUGA